AUGGCUUCUCUGGCUCGACUUCCGGGUGUUGCACUGAUCAGUGGCGCAGGCGGCACAGGCAUCGGAGCAGCCGUGAGCAGGGCUUUUGCUGCCGCAGGCUGCUCCCGCUUCGCCAUUACGGACCUGGAUGCGGCUUCGCUGCAGGCGACGGGGGCUGUGAUCCGCAAGAUCAGCCCCGGCGCGGCGGUCUUCGCGGCCGAUGGCGACGUGUCGGACGAGGCUUUUGUCUCGUCCUUUGUCGGGGACGUGGUGAGGCGAUUUUCACGUAUAGACUAUUCCGUCCACUGUGCCGGCAUCCUCGGCGCAUCGCUGCGCUCUCACGAGACGCCGACAAGUGCGUUUGACCGUAUCAACAACGUGAACUACAAGGGCACCUGGCUCUUCUCCCGAGCAUCGCUCGGCCAGAUGGUACAACAAAAACCCCUGGACAGCCAUCCGAAGCAGUGCGGCGCCAUUGUCAACAUUGCCAGCCAGCUGGGCAUUGUGGCCCGGCCUGGUGCAGCGCCAUACUGCGCGUCCAAAGCGGCCAUCAUCAACAUGACCAAGGCAGAUGCCAUCGACUACUCGCUCGACGGGAUCCGCGUCAAUUGUGUGUGUCCAGGCGUCAUUGCCACGCCAAUGACAACAGGCUCAACCGAGGUCGAGGAGCGUUUGCGGCCGGCCGUGUCCAUUGCCCCCAUGCAGCGAAUGGGCACGCCCGAAGAGGUGGCAGAUGCGGUGCUCUUCUUGUGCUCGGCGCAGGCGUCGUUUAUACAGGGUCAUGCCUUGGUUGUAGAUGGAGGCUAUACGAUCAAUUGA